GCUGUCAUCGUCUACCAUAUAUCCUCAAGUGAAAAUGGAAGCUUUGACAUUCAAUGUUGAAAUUUCCUGCCACAGUAACGUUAUUAAAUCGUUAUAAUUUAAAUAACAACAAGUAAAUUCAAAAACAAUGGAGGCUGGGCACUUCCCUGCUUCUGUAUUGUUAAAUACCUUUGUCAUUAAGAAAAAAAGGUGUAAGGUGUAUUUUCAUCGUGGUACUAUCAUCUGGGAGACAGAAAAACCACCUUACACUAGAUGGACUUUGCCUUUGACUGAUGCAUUAGCAGUCAAUUAUGGCGACAAUUAUAUUCAUGAAAGUUGGAUAGGAGGACAAAAUUCUGCUGCUGCUGCUGCUGCUGCUGCUGCUGCUGGUGGUGGUGCUCCUGCUCUUCCAUCAUCUCCAACUAGUUUCAUAUUACAUUAUGCAGCUCGAAGGCCCAAUAACCGGUGGAGUCAUCAUACCGUUGUUAUGUACCAUUCUGAUUCAAGACAAAUUGCCUCAUGGGUGAUAACAAUCAGGAAUUACCUCCUAAAUAUCUCUUCCCGUCCGCGAAAGAUUCUUGUAUUUAUUAAUCCAUAUGGAGGAAAGAAGCAAGGUGAAAAAGUAUGGAAAAAAAAAGUUCAACCUCUCAUGAGAAUAGUGGGAAUAGAAACAAAAGCUAUCAUGACUGAAAGAGCGGGUCAUAUAAAAGACAUUAUACUCAAUUCCAAUUUAGAUGACUUCCAGGCAAUCAUUUCUAUUGGUGGUGAUGGUACCUUUGCAGAAGUGUUCAAUAGCCUUGUUUUAAGAACGGCAAACGAUCUUCAAAUCAAUUCACAUGACUCCAAUGUCAUUUUUCCCCAAUCACUAAUUCCAGUGGGUAUAAUACCUUGUGGUAGUACUGACACCCUUGCCUAUAGUCUUCAUGGAACAACCGAUGUUCAAACCUCUGUUAUACAUAUUAUUUUCGGCGAUACUGUUGGAUUAGAUCUAUGUUCCGUUCAUGAAAAUGAAAAUUUACAUAGAUUAUAUGCCAGUGUCUUAAGUUAUGGUUACCUCGGUGAUAUUGCCAGGGAAAGUGAACAAUUGCGAUGGAUGGGUCCUCGACGUUAUGAUUAUUCUGGCUUUAAAAAAAUUAUUAACAACAAAGGUUACGAGGGAGAAAUUGUGCUACUCUCUGACCCUUGUCAUCCAGCUGCAAGUACUCGAUGUAUGCAAAACUGUAGUCGCUGCAUAAGUCAUGCAUGCGAUGAGAAAAAAAAACAUGAAAUUUCAAGAAAAUUAACAGUCAGGGGUAAAUUUUUUAUGGUUAAUGGUGCUAAUGUUUCCUGUGCCUGUUCGAAAUGUCCACAAGGAUUCAGUCCACACUGUCACAUAGGCGAUGGCUGCCUUGACAUAAUUCUAGUCCGGCAUACAUCGUUAAUAAAUAAUAUUAGAAUGUUAUGGAGAUUAAGUAGCAAAAAGAAAAAUGUGUACGAUCUUCCAUUUGUUGAAGUCUACCGAGCGCGUGAAUUUACAUUUCACGCUUUUCCGCAAUUGUCGUCAGUUGAUACUAUGAGUAAUAGCCAUAACAAAUCAACUGUUAGUGUCUGGAAUUGUGAUGGAGAAGUUCUUGAAUAUGUUGAUGUAAAAAUCAGGGUGCACUGUCAACUAUUGAAAGUAUUUACGAGACGUAUGCAGGAACCAGUGAAAGAAUCCAAGUGGCUUUGUUUUCCAUAAUUAAAAAUAAUAGCAUAAGCAUUCCGAGUAUAAUUUACAGUUGUGCCCGCUAUGAUUGAUUUUUAUUUUAUUUUUUUCAUAUAAUGAUGAAAGGGCGACUUUUUAGGAUAUUAUUCUCGUACUUAAAGUCUAAAUGAUAUAAGUGAUUUUAGAAGAAACAGACGGUGUAUUAUCAUUAGCACAGAUGAGUAUUUUUAUGAUUCCGUAUUGUAUCAGCUAUUUAUUGUAAUAAAUUGAUAAAGCAAUA